AUGAAAUCUUUUGGGUUUAUUCUUCUGUCUCUCUUGUCGUUUUCAAAUCUCAUUGAAGCUAAUCUCUCCUUUGAUUAUUACACAAAAACAUGCCCUGAAUUCGAGCAAACACUCGUCCAAAUCGUCACCGAGAAACAAAUCGCAGCUCCGACGACAGCCGCCGGAACACUCCGUCUCUUUUUCCACGAUUGUAUGGUCGACGGUUGCGACGCUUCGAUUCUCGUCGCUUCUACUCCUCGUAAAACCUCCGAACGCGACGCCGACAUCAACCGUUCUCUCCCCGGAGACGCGUUCGAUCUAAUCACAAGGAUCAAAACCGCCGUGGAACUCAAAUGCCCUAAUGUCGUUUCCUGCUCGGACAUCCUCGUCGGAGCAACGCGUAGCCUCGUCACUAUGGUCGGAGGUCCGAGAAUCAAUGUUAAAUUCGGUCGGAAAGAUAGUCUUGUCUCGGUGAUGGAUCGUGUUGAAGGAAAGCUAGCUCGGCCUAAUAUGACUAUGGAUCACAUCGUUUCGAUUUUCGAAUCUGCUGGUUUGAAUGUCCAAGAGAUGGUGGCUCUCGUUGGUGCACACACGAUCGGUUUCUCUCACUGCAAAGAGUUCGCGAGUCGGAUCUUCAACAACUCUGCUUCUCCGGAGGGGAUGAAUCCUAAGUACGCGGCGGAGCUGAGGAAGCUUUGCGCGAACUACACGACGGACGAAGAAAUGUCGGCGUUUAAUGAUGUUUUUACCCCUGGGAAAUUCGACAACAUGUAUUACAAGAAUCUCAAGCAUGGUUACGGGUUGCUUGAGUCGGAUCAAGCGAUUGCGUUUGACAGCAGGACGGGACCGCUGGUUGAUCUAUACGCGGCCAACGAAACGGCGUUUUUCGAAGCGUUUGCCAAGGCGAUGGAGAAAGUUAGCGAGCAGAAGAUGAAGACGGAGAAGCUUGGUGACGUUCGAAGGCGGUGUGAUCAGUACAAUGACUACAAGGGGUAA